UUUUACCUGCACCAAGUCGUAUGUUGACUCAUUCUUUCAACUUCUCUCCGCAUUCGCAUCUCAGAGUCUAAUUUACCUAGCUGUUUAACUACAGGCCGUCUCCAUUUCUCUGCUGCUUUUAUACUUCAGUACCUGGGGUAUUCCAUCUUCUACGCCGGAACUUAGAACACGCCGUCGCUUGCGCACCUAUCAACAGUCGCCAUCAUGUCUAAAGGUCGUGUCUGCCUCGCGUACUCUGGAGGCCUUGAUACCUCUACCAUCUUAAAGUACCUAAUCAACGACGGCUACACGGUCGUGUGCUUCCUUGCCAAUGUCGGACAGGAAGAAGACUGGGAGGCAGUAGAAAAGAAGGCCCUCGCCUUAGGUGCUGAGAAGAUGGUCAUUCGAGACCUCCAGUCCCAAUUCGUUAACGAGCUUGUAUUUCGAGCCGUUCAGUGUAACGCAAUCUAUGAAGACAGAUACCUCCUAGGAACUAGCUUGGCCCGCCCAAUCAUCGCACGCGAGCAAGUUCGUGUCGCACAGGAGUAUAACUGUGAUAUACUCAGCCACGGUUGUACCGGAAAAGGCAAUGACCAAGUCAGAUUUGAGCUCGCUUGGCAAGCACUUGCGCCUUCGGUCAAGAUCAUUGCACCUUGGAGAAUCGAGGAGUUCAUCAGCAAGUUCAAGGGUCGAGCAGAUCUCCUUGAGUACGCUAGGAUUAACAACAUCCCUGUCUCAUCAACACCCAAGGCUCCAUGGAGUAUGGAUGAGAACCUCGUCCACUGCAGUUAUGAGGCUGGAAUCCUCGAGGAUCCUGACCACGAGCCACCGAAGCAUCUCUGGAAGAUGACUGUUGACCCUCUAGACGCUCCUGACAAGCCAUACCAUUUUAGCAUCCACUUCGCUAAGGGUAUCCCCAUUAAAGUUGUCACCGAGGACAAGAAGGAGGCCACUGAGGCCGUGGAGCUGUUCAAGCUUCUUAACCGUAUUGGUCAUGAUAACGGUGUGGGCCGAAUCGACAUCGUCGAGAAUCGAUUCAUUGGCUUGAAGAGCAGGGGUUGCUACGAUACUCCAGGCUUGACGAUUCUUCGCCUUGCGCAUGUCGAUCUUGAGGGAUUGGUACUUGACAGCAAAGUCCGAGAGCUUCGUGACCAAUUCUGCACUCUCUCUUGGAGCCGACAGCUUUACAAUGGCAUGUAUUUCUCACCGGAGAGGGAAUUCGUUGAGAACUCCAUCCUAUUUUCACAGGAGAACGUGAAUGGUGUUGUCCGCAUGAUGGUGUACAAGGGCAACACUUACGUGCUUGGCCGUAGCAGUGAGACGAGCAACCUAUACAGCGAAGAGGAUGCCUCGAUGGACUCCCUCGACACAUUCUCGCCGAUGGAUACUACUGGAUUCAUCGCUAUCCAGGCAAUUCGCCUCAAGAAGUAUGGCGAGAGCAAGAUUGCUCAGGGCACCCCUCUAACCAAGUCUUGAAACGUACACGUUUUUAACUCGAACUUGAUGCCCCUACUAUAAAUUCUCACUACAACGUCUCGAUCAACCGAGAAUCCAAUAUGUGAAGACGAGUUGCAUGCUCCCCUCUUCGUUACCUCUCCGUGCGUCCAAGUUUCAGCAACUUUGACGGUACAAAAUAGGAUAAAUAAAACAAUAAUAUGAAGUGACGAUUUCCGAUAUUCAGAAUUUGUACCUUGAAAAGUGAAAUGUUCACAUGGGUGCUAUCAGCAACUUGGAUGGAUUUGAAAUGCCCAAAAACUUACCUAGGUAGUCAAGGUUUAUUAGACAAAAACUGCUUAGUCAUCAAAUAAGAAUAGGGGUCACUCCUGAACCCCUGAGCCCCA